CAGAUACUGUCCGUGUUCGAGAGCAUCAACACCGUUAUGUAUCAUUGGUAAAUUGUGACUGACUGAUCUACAAAUAAUAAUGAGUUAUUUAUGAUGCAAGGUGAUUUGUAGGUCAGUCAGUCUCGAACACAGUCAAUAUCUAACGUUGUUGCUGGUGGCAACGUCAUAUCGUUGAGUCUACCUUUCACCGGACGUCCCAAUGUUCCCGUUUAGCCUCGUCUAGAGAAGGAUAGCGAGUGGGAAAGAGGACAGAGUGCUCGGGGAUGGCGGACAAAUCUCUCACGGUGUUCGUGAAGCUGUUCGCCGCUGUAUUUUACGGACUCAGUUCAUUCCUCAUCGUCGUGGUAAACAAGAGCAUCCUCACAAACUAUAGGUUCCCCUCGUCAAUAUGUGUCGGCAUCGGUCAGAUGCUGGCCACCGUGGUCGUGCUGUGGGUGGGCAAGGCUCUGAGGGUGCUCAGUUUCCCAGACUUCGACCAUAGUAUACCUCGCAAGACCUUCCCGCUCCCUUUCUUGUACGUAGGGAACCAGAUAACUGGACUGUUUGGAACAAAACGGUUAAACCUGCCGAUGUUCACAGUCCUCAGGAGGUUCUCCAUCCUCUUCACCAUGAUGGCUGAAGUUCUGCUGCUCAAGAAGACAUUCUCCAGGCCUGUCCAGCUAACAGUGUUUACUAUGAUCCUGGGGGCGUUUGUAGCGGCAAGUGCUGACCUGUCUUUCGACCUCCAAGGCUAUGUGUUUAUUCUGCUAAAUGAUGUUCUGACUGCAGCUAACGGAGCCUACGUCAAGCAGAAGCUAGACUCGAAGGAGCUGGGGAAGUAUGGCUUGCUGUAUUAUAAUGCGUUGUUUAUGAUCUUUCCAACAAUGCUGCUAGCUCAACUCACUGGAGACGUUCAGAGGGCGGUGGAGUAUGAUGGCUGGUCAGACAUCCUGUUUCUCAGCCAGUUCAUCCUAUCCUGUAUAAUGGGGUUUGUGCUGAUGUAUUCUACAGUGCUCUGUACACAAUACAACUCAGCUCUAACCACCACCAUCGUGGGCUGUAUCAAGAAUAUUCUAGUGACAUACAUCGGGAUGGUGUUUGGUGGAGACUACAUUUUCUCUUGGACAAAUUUCAUUGGUUUAAAUAUCAGUAUUGCAGGUAGCCUGGUGUACUCCUACAUUACUCUGACAGAGGAACAGUCCAGUAAACCCUCUGAGAACACCAUGGAGAUCAAGGGGAAAGUGGUGGUUUGACAUCAUGGUUACAUCAUAGGGAGGUAAUGGUAUGCCAGAGGAAAAGUCACUGGAGAUCCUUUUUCAAAUGUUAAUGGUACAAGAGAACAUUCUAUUUUUGGUACAUGUUGUAUUUAUGGACUUAACAGCUGUGGUUACCAUAGCAACCAACUGGACACCCCACCGUGGCAACAGGCUCCUCCCACUGGACACAUGGAUUAGGAGGGCGGUGCUGGGGCAACAUGAUUACGAUAUUUAUAAUGGAUCGAUUUUAAAGGGUGCUUUUACUUAACUUCCUCAUGUUUAGUCAUUAGAUGAUUACAUCAUGGAGAGCACGAUCUUCCCGUUUUUGGUGAAAUGUGUUCAUGGGGAUUGAAUUCUCUCCUGAUGUCAGAACCAAGCAGAAUGUGUAGAACCAACCUGGAAUGUUCCCUCAAACAGGAAUGGUCCGAUGGAAUCUGAGGCAGUAUUAUGUGGGCGCUGGUAUGCAUAAGAUGUUGUCCAUCAUACAGUUGAAGUCGGAAGUUUACAUACACCUUAGCCAAAUACAUUGAAACUCAGUUUUUCACAGUUCCUGACAUUUAAUCCUAGUAAAAAUUCCCUGUCUUAGGUCAGUUAGGAUCACCACUUUAUUUUAAGAAUGUGAAUUGUCAGAAUAAUAGUAGAGAGAAUGGUUUAUUUC